AUGAGCGAAGUGCCCGAGCAUGUCGCUGAGGAGGAAGUCUUGGAUUUGGAGGAAGGUGCUAGCAGUGACGAUGAAGGCUGCGACCGAUUUGCGAACAUGUCGGCAGCAAAGCCAGACCUGAGCUACCGAGGCCACACAGUCCAUUUCUGGACGAUCCCGUACUCAGCCAUCGAGGGCCGUUUGACUGCAGAAAACACAUCCAAGAAGGGCAUGCUGCGGCGUUUUCGAGAAGUCUACGGCGAGGCUUUGGAAUUCUACGCUGUUUUCCGGGAACUGCAUGCUGAAUCCUCACGAAGCUGGGAGCGCAAGGCUCACUACCAUGUGGUCUUGAAGCUGAAGGGCCGUGUCCGGUGGAUUCAGAUUGCCCGCGAGCUGCGCGCCAGGGGCAUCUUCGGGCAUUUGUCCUUGCCGACCAGGUGUGCAGAUAUCUGGCGCAUUGUAGCGUAUUGCUAUGUGCCUUCUGCCAGGAAGCCCUUGCCAGAACUUGAUCCCGAUCCCUUGCUGAGCUCAAACUUCCCCAUUAUUGACAUGGAGAAGCGGCUCCGCGGGAAGCUUGCCAGAACACAAGUUCUGAGGCCAUGGGAUUUUUUCCAAGUCUUGCGAAGACACCCGAGCAUCGAGACCUACAACGACCUCAUUGUCUGGGCGCAGUCCCAGCAGAAGCACGGGGUGCCUCAAUACUUGGAGUUUAUGACCAGGCAAGGUGGCAAGAUGUCUGGGCUCUUCAAGGCAUGGAAGCAGCUCAUGGCUAAGCCUGUGAGCCAAAAGUCGCAACGGGAGGAGCGAUUGCGAUACUGGCAGGCUUCAAGGCAGGCGCCCUGUUCUUGCACAACGCCAGGCCGCUUGAGGUCUGGCCUGGAUGCCUUGAUGGAGCUGCACGAGAAGGAUGGUGAGAGGUUUGGCUACUUCGUCAAACGGCUUAUCCGCAUUGGGACAGCGGCCAAGAAUUGCAACAUCUUGCUUUGCGGGGCUUCCAAUGCGGGGAAGACUGCCCUCACAAGGCCGUUGAUGGCUAUGUUUUCUCACCGCUGCUGGAUGCGUCCUAACAAGGGCGACACGUUCCCCUUAGAGUCGUUGCAGGACAAGCUGAUCAGCUGCUGGCAGGAUUGGAGGCAGAAUUCCUGCCCGGUGGCCUGGGACACCCUGCUCUUGCUUCUGGAGGGCGAAGCUGUGGUAGCUGCUUGCAAGGGCUCGGCGUCGGUGGUCAUUUCCGAGCCGCCGCCUUUUCUCAUCACGUGCCAGGAGCGCGUUGCGCCGCUAGAUGCGAAUGGUCGCCCCAAUGUUGCCGAGAAGGAUGCCUUCCACAAUCGGUUUGCCUUGCGGUGGCAUCUGAAAUGCAGCAUUCCGUCUUCAAUGAAGGAUUCGCAAAUGAAGAUGUGCUACCGCUGCGUGCGUUGCUACUCAGACUGGGUGGAUGAGAAGCACGCAGCGCUGGAAUCGGCCAUCUGCCAAGAGGAUUCAAGGGUGCCCGCUUUGCAAGAAGAAGAAGAAGAACUUUCAGGGGCCACGACCCAGCCGUUGCUGGCCGCGCAGUCUGCUGACCCGCGUUCAUCGCAGUUGCAGCCAUCCGGUGCAGCGGUUCGGCCUCAGCCAGCGCAGCUAGACGAGUUGAAUCCCGCCGAGGAGCUUAAAGGCGAUGGCUCCGAACCUUUCCAAGAUCGACGAGUUCGCCCCCGGCUCGAGCCGGCCGUUGCUUCUUCACCGGCACCGGCGGAGGAGUUCCCGGGACCGGAAGAAGGCAACCAGCCGAGCCAGCCCUUGGUGCCUUCCCAUGUGGAGAUGCUGCCUGCUCCACGAACGCCUGAGCCGUGGACCCCACCGUACCCGCCUCCAAGGACGCCCCCCAUCGUUUCGCAAGCCGUCAAAGGCAGCGGUUGGGUGGAGGUGAGCCCUCUGCACGCCCGCCGUGAUUUGCAAUAG